AUGCAGACCCAGGUUGGCUGGCAGCCCAGGCUGCUGAAAGUGCAAAAGAAGUGGCUCUUCCCAGCCUCCUGUACCUUCUUUUUCCUGCUCUCAGUAGUCAUGACUGGCUGUUUCCUGUGGCAAUAUCACCUCCCAAAACUGAAGUCUGAUUCCUCAGGACCAGAUGUGACCUCUGCCCCUGUGAGGAUGUGUCCCCGGCACCCUGAGCCUGUGCCCCUGACUCAUCCUCUCCCCGUGUUGAAGGAGGCCCUGGAGAAGGUGGACAAGAUCCUGCGCCAGGCACUGUCUGUCCCAGGCCUGGCUGCCAUGUCUGCAGUUGUUAUCCACAACGACACUGUGCUCUGGACGGGGAACUUUGGAAAGAAGAAUGGCUCAGACCCGACUUCUGGACCCCCUAAUGAGUACACCAUGUACCGGAUCUCCAGCCUCUCCAAGAUCUUUCCAGUUCUCAUGCUGUACCGUUUGUGGGAAGAAGGCAUUGUAGCUUCUUUAGAUGAUCCUCUGGAGCGGUAUGCCAGCACUUUCACCAUUAACAACCCGCUGGGCAUGACAUCAGUCCCCAAAAAGCAGACUCUGAAGGAUGAGCCAGAAGAGGCUGGUCCAGCCCCAAGGCCUUCACCUGUCACCCUCCGAAGGAUGGCCAGUCAGCUCUCAGGACUGCCCAGAAGGCUCCGUUCCACUUCUCUGCUGUGGAGGGGCAGUACCCAGGAGGCCCUGAGCCUGCUCAAGGAUGAUGUACUGGUGGCGGACCCAGGAACCAGGUGCCAUUACAGCACACUGGCCUUCUCGCUCCUAGCUCAUGUCUUGGCAGCCCACACUGCCCAGGGCAAUUACCAGCGAUGGGUCGUGGAGAACCUCCUGGAGCCUCUGGGGAUGGCAGACACUGGCUUUGAUCUCACCCCCUCUGUGCGUGUCCGCCUGGCGGCUGGUUUCUACGGCAGCGGGCGGCCUGCGCCACUGUACGACCUAGGCUGGUACCGCCCGUCGGGCCAGAUGUACUCCACCCCCGCAGACUUGGCCAAGCUGGCCAUGGUGCUCCUGGGCAGCGGGUCACAGCAGCUCCUGCGGCCAGAUGCUGCCAAGGCGCUGCUGGCGCCGCUGCUGGCCUGCCCCGGCGCCUACUUCGCCAACGAGACCGGCACGCCGUGGGAAUUCCACACGCAGCGGGGCUACAGCGUCGUGCGAAAGGACGGCGACCUGGACGGCUAUGCCGCCACCUUCUCCCUGGUGCCCCCACUGCGCCUGGGCCUCGUGCUGCUGCUGGCCGGGCCGCGGCCGUCCGGGCCUGACCUGGUGGCGCAGGCCUACGACGUGCUCCUGCCCGCCAUGGAGAGAGCCUUCCGGGAGGCCCAUCUCAGCCCAGCUCCGCCAGUCAGCGCGCGCCCUUUUGCGGGCUACUUCACCUUCGCCAACCUGACGUUUUACGAGGUGCGUGCGGGGCCAGCAGGCGAGUUGCGCCUGCGCCAGUUCGGGCCCCGCGUGGAGGCGCUAGUGCCACCCGAAUUCCGGACGCUGGCGCUGCGCCACCUGCGCGGCCGUAUCUUUCAGCUGCACGUGGCGCGCGAGUUCCCGUGCGCGCUGCCGCUUGGGGACGCCUGGCUCUCGCUGGAGGCCCAGCACGGACAACUUGUCAACUUCUACCCCCUAGACUCCUACGGACUGUCCCCUGGCUUUGACGUGCCGGGUCUCAACACCUACCGAGUGCUGCGGCUGCAUCGCAAGCCCACAUUCAAGACUCAGUGA